AUGGUAUACGUUCCACCCAAGUUCCACAUUCCCAUCCGUCAACAAAGCCAUUGUUCCAAGCAAGCUGCACAUCCAGGUAACCAAAAGACAUUUGAGCUUGUCAGUCGACUCCUUUGGUGGCCAACUCUUUGGAAGGAUGUGAAAGACUUUGUGGCAUCCUGUGCCACUUGUGCCUCUUCCAAGUCUAGUAAUUCUCGCCCUUGCGGCCUAUUGCAACCUCUACCCAUUCUUUCCCGUCCUUGGACUCAUUUAGCAAUGGACUUUGUUGUUGAAUUGCCACUUCCCAAGGGGAACACUGUAAUAUGGGUAGUUAUUGACUGCUUCAUAUUUGGACAUUGUGGAUUUAAAGAUGAAGAAGAGAAAAGUGAUAAGGAAAGAAAUGAACCAACUGUUGGCUUCCAAUAUUCUGAAGAGGAAACUAAUCAGAAUAGAAAUACAGCAGGUGGGUUUCAAGAUUAUGAAGAGGAUACAAGUCAGGAAAGAAGUGCAACAAGUGCUGGUCAAAAUGAAAAUGUACAAAGCCCUUUAAAAGGCAACUGCAGCGUUUCUUUUCAUAACAAAGUUCAUACUGAAGUGCACAUUGAGUCAAAGAGAAAGAAGAUUGAAGACAAACACUUUACAACCUACAGAUACCCAUGGGACAGGACAAGCCUGAAGUCUCUACUAAUAGAUCUGAAGGCGUUUGAGAAACUGGAUGCUUAUGCUGCAAAGGUAAAUGCUUUAUGGAAUAUUGACAACUUGGUAAAGAACCUGCUCCAAGACGCUCACACAGACCUGGAGAAAACACGGGCUAUCUGGAUAUGGAUAUGCCACCAUAUUGAGUACGACACAGAGGGACUGAAAAACCUCAGCCAAGUAUCCUGUGAUCCUAAUGAUGUCCUCCGCACCAGGAAAGGAGUCUGCGCUGGGUACUCUUCCCUCUUUGAGCGAAUGUGCAGGUCUUUCCAGCUGACACGUGAUCAACCAUUCCGAUUACAAGAAAGGGUGUCUUUGGAAGAGAUCAUGCUAGACAAAGAGAAAAGCAGUAUUGCAGGGGUGCAGUGCAAUUCGGUGAGUGGAUACGAUAAAGGCAAAGGAUAUGAAAUAGGAAAAAAGUUUUCUGGAGCCUCUACCCAUGCCUGGAACAUGGUGUAUCUGGAAGAAAGCUGGCACUUGUUGGAUAGCACUUGGGGAGCGGGUACUGUUUCUUACAAUGGACCAUUUACUUUUGGGUACAAUGAAUUUUAUUUUCUCACUCACCCCGCACUAUUCAUUGAAGACCACUUCCCAGAAGAAAAUGAACACCAACUCCUGGAGCCCUGUGUUUCUCUAGAACAGUUUGAAAAACUAAAUCGUAAAUGCUAUUUCUACAAAAUAGGGUUGCUCUCCUCUCUGCCGGAUACAGUCACUGUUGAAACAGUGAAGGGAAAAGUUACCUUCACCCUUGAGGGACGUCACCAUUUUCAGUUUUUAUUUCACCUAAAUAAGACGGAGACUCCAGGGUUGAUGCAGCUGACUGAACAUGGAAUGAAACUUGAUGUUUACCCCCAAAAGACUGGAGAACAGAUAUUACAGAUAUUUGGCAAGAGAGAAGACUCAGAAGGAUCAUAUUCCUGGAUUCUUGAUUAUAAAAUUAUUUGCAAAUCUGUGGACACAAAUAUGAAAAUUCCAAAGUGUCUCCACAACCCCGUUGGUCCCAGCUGGCUGUCGGAAAAGGCCGGGCUCUUUCAGCCCUCACACCAGGACCCAGUCAUUUACACUGAAGAUGGCUGCUGUACUGUCAGCUUUGCACUGAAAGGGGAAUUGGAUGUUUUCGCUACCUUGGAAUCUGAUGAAAUUAAAAUGACGUCAGAUAUGGAGCACAGACACAUCUUCCAAACACAAAGAAAGAAUAAUGUGGAAUUUAGGGUCCGUCUGCCAACAUCUGGCACUUAUGUUCUUUGCGUCAAUGUAAAGAAUCCAAAUGCCGACACAUACACAUCUCAAUGUGAAUACGUCAUUAUAUGUACUAAACGUACAGUACAUUGGCCCAAGUUCCCUUUGACGUAUGGAACCUGGGCUAAACAUUAUGAACUGUUGGAGCCCCUAGAUGGAAUUCUUCCUGAGAAUAGUAACAUUUCAUUUAAACUUAGGGUUCCUGAUGUGACGGAAGUAUCUGUAUGGAAGGGGAAAGAUGUCUUCCCAUUGUGUCUCACUGACCAGGGAUACUGGGAGGGGAUCUGCCAUACAGGUGCAACCCAGGAGCUCACAGUUUCUGCCUGUUUUAAAGAUAAACCCAAUUUUUAUAUCUUGCAAUAUGAGGUGGGACAGAAAAAAUAAGUGUGAUGAGAAUGAAAUGAAUCAGCUUAUAAAACAUCAAAUAUUGAUCAAAGUAUAUCAUUUUUAAAUUAAUGCUGGUAAUGUAUUUUAUGUGGUAGCCAGAUUAUUAAAUAUUUGUUUAAUGGUC